CACGGCGGUGCGCGGCGCUGACAGCUGAGUGGGCUCGCGGCCUCACGCGCCCCGGCGCUCGGCCCGCCCGGCCCGGCCCGGCCCGCCGGAGCCAUGAGCCCCGGGCUACUGCUGCUGGUCAGCGCCGUCCUGCUCGCCUUCGGCCUCUGCUGCACCUUCGUGCACCGCGCUCGCAGCCGCUACGAGCACAUCCCCGGGCCGCCGAGGCCCAGGACCAAGAAGUAUGGCCCGGUGGUGCGGGUCAAUGUCUUCCACAAAACCUCGGUCAUCGUCACCAGUCCCGAGUCAGUCAAGAAGUUCCUGAUGUCCACCAAGUACAACAAGGACUUCAAGAUGUACCGCGCCAUCCAGACGGUGUUUGGUGAGAGACUCUUCGGCCAGGGCCUAGUGUCCGAGUGCGAUUAUGAGCGUUGGCACAAGCAGCGCAGGGUCAUGGACCUGGCUUUCAGCAGAAGCUCCCUGGUCAGCUUGAUGGCAACAUUCAACGAGAAGGCUGAGCAGUUGGUGGAGAUUCUGGAGGCCAAGGCCGAUGGGCAGACCCCGGUGUCCAUGCAGGACAUGCUGACCUGCACUACCAUGGACAUUCUGGCUAAGGCAGCUUUCGGGAUGGAGACCAGCAUGCUGCUGGAUGCCCAGAAGCCUCUACCCCGAGCGGUCAGAGUGAUGUUGGAAGGCAUCACCGCGUCACGCAACACCCUGGCUAAGUUCUUACCAGGCAAGCGGAAGCAGUUGCGAGAGAUCCGGGAGAGCAUCCGAUUUCUGCGCCAGGUCGGCCAGGACUGGGUCCAGCGGCGCCGGGAGGCCUUGAAGAGGGGGGAGGACGUCCCCGCGGACAUCCUCACCCAGAUCCUCAAAGCUGAAGAGGACGCCCAGGAUGAUGAGAUCCUGCUGGACAACUUUGUCACCUUCUUCAUUGCCGGCCACGAGACCUCUGCCAACCACUUGGCUUUCACUGUGAUGGAGCUGUCACGCCAGCCCGAGAUUGUGGCCAGGCUGCAGGCCGAAGUGGACGAGGUGGUCGGCUCCAAGAGGCACCUGGACUGUGAGGACCUGGGAAGGCUGCAGUACCUCUCCCAGGUCCUCAAAGAGUCACUGCGCCUGUACCCGCCCGCCUGGGGCACCUUCCGCCGGCUGGAGGAGGAGACUCUGAUUGAUGGGGUCCGUGUUCCCGGCAACACUCCGCUCCUGUUCAGCACUUAUGUCAUGGGGCGGAUGGACACGUACUUUGAGGACCCCCUGACUUUCAACCCCGACCGCUUCGGCCCUGGAGCGCCCAAGCCGAGAUUCACCUACUUCCCUUUCUCCCUGGGGCCUCGAUCCUGCAUUGGGCAGCAGUUUGCUCAGAUGGAGGUGAAGGUGGUGAUGGCCAAGCUGCUGCAGAGGCUGGAG